AUGGGCCAGGUUGACGUGUUGCCUACCUAUCAAUUCAGGAUAAACGCUCUCUCCGUGCGCGGUUGCUCAUACAGAUUCGCAAAUAGCACGAGCCAGCUGCCUCUUUACCAGAUCACGACAUCUGACACAUCAUACGGAAGGAAAGCUUCGCGAAGUCCUUCGCCCGCUUCAACUAUGAGGAGCGAUAUCAAGGCUCAGUCGCCGCAUUAUGAUAAACGAGAAGAUGAGAGUCCUUCUGGGGACAAGACCGCUUCACUUGUACGACAACAACGUGAAGUUUCGAAUCUGGAACUCUUUUACGACCUUUUCUUUACGGCGAAUUUGACGGUUUUUACUGCGGUGCAUGAGGUUAGGGAUUCGGAGACGCUGAAGCAGUACGUGGGGUUCUUUUGCAUAUUGUGGUUCACUUGGUAUCAAGUUAGUCUAUAUGAUGUUCGUUUUGCAUCCGACUCGCUGUUUGAGCGAAUUGCCAAAGCUGUGCAGUUUUUGGUUAUGAUUGGGUUUGCGGUCGUGGGGCCCAAGUAUAAUGUGGGUGGUGCGAAGGAACAAGCUGAAGAUGAUGCUGAGGGGACGACUUCAGAGGGGUAUUUCAAAUCUUUGUCGAUAUACCUCAUGAUCAGCCGGAUGAUGUUAGUGUUCCAGUACAUUCAAUACAUCUGGCUCAAUCGACGGAAUAAGCAAGCAUAUUUGCCCAUAUCGCUCAUCACUGCGACUUAUUUCGUUGCUGCUAUGGCCUAUUUUGGAUUGAUCUGGACUUUUCGGAGCGUCGAAGAGGAACAUCAUACCUACAGAGCUUGGUACGCUAUCGCCAUCAUCGAGACUGUCAUCGCCACGACCAUCUCGUCUGUCUGGCGAAAUAUCAGCUUCAAGGGCACGCACCUGGUGCAGCGCAUGUCACUCUUGACCCUAAUCAUCCUCGGCGAAGGGGUCAUCGCUCUGGCGACAAAAUCUCAACGCAUCGUGCAAUCGGAAGGUGCUCUGGAGUUCACUGCAUCGACUGUCGCAAACAUCUUCUGCGCAGUCCUGAUCCUCUACUUCAUCUACAUGCUCUACUUCGACGCCCUAGUCGAAGACGAACACAUUGGUACAAUAAUCCAACAAGUCUGGUCAAUCCUGCACUUCCCCCUCCACGUCGCCCUCGUCCUCAGCGUCGAAGGCCUCGCCCAAUGCAUAACCUGGCGCGCCGCCGUCGUCCGCGGCAACAUCUUCACAAACCAAUACAUGCAAUGGCAAUCCAUGGUCAACGAAGGCGCCUACUCCGAAGUCGGCCUCCAAGUCAACGAAACAGCCCACUACCUCAUCUACCGCGGCCUCCUCACCUCCCGCGACCUCUCCGAAACCCUCGAAAUGCUCUCAUACGACCUCAACAACGCGGCAAACGCCUCCGCCAUCAUCUCCAACGGCAACGAACACCCUUCCCUCGCGAAAGACGCCUUGUAUUGGAUUUAUUUCACCCUCUACAAAACAAUCUACAACAUCGCCGGUUUCGACUCCCCGGUUCAACGCACAAGUCUCGAAUCCGCCUUAUCCCCCUCUCCCGCAAACGAAACCAACCCUUCAGGCGUCGACUCCGAAAAAGUCGAUUUCGGCUCCCUUUCGACUUUCACAGACGUCCUCCAAUCUACUCAAACCACAGCUGGAGUUUUCAACCUCACUUACGUAUACUUCUUCACCUCUAUCGGCUUAGUCAUUAUCCUAUGUAUGAGAAUUGGAGAGUAG